AGCCACUUGGGCUCGGGCAUGUCGGGGCGCGCUCUGGGGUCGAACGUACCAUGGCACGAGCAGGCCUGCGCGCAAGCGCGCUGGCGGCGUGCGCGGCUGCCGCGGCGCUCCUGGCGGGGCCGCGCGGCUCCCUGGCGCUCAACCGCCUGCUCCUGGAGAGGCACGAGUUGCUGCCCGGGGCAUGCGGCGGCCGCAGGGCCGUGUUGCCCCUGGCGGACCCCCGCGCGUCCCACGUGGCCAGGGUGCUGCGGCUCCAGGACGGGGACACGGUGCGCGUGGGCGUCCUCGAUGGUGGCAUCGACGACGCGGCAGCGGUGCGCUGGCUGUGGCCCGACGGGCGCGAAGACGACGGCGGAAGGUGGAGCGGCCGGGCCUCUCAGGAGCAGCGCCCCGAGCGCCUGCGGCAGGAGACCUUGCACCAAGCGCUGGAGCUCGAAGAGCACCUGCCACAAGCUCUGGAGCUGACCUUCGAUGAGGGCGCACAGAACGGCAUCCCGCCCCCUCGUGUGGACCUCUUGCUGGCCUCGCCAGAGCCUGCGAGGCUCCAGCGGCUGUUGCCCAUGCUGACCCAGCUGGGGCUGGGCACCGUGGUCCUCUGCACCGUGGCCCGGGUCGGUGCGCGCGGGGGCCUCGGCGCGCACUGGCUUCGGAGUUCGGAGGCCGUCCGGGAGCUGCUGGUGCCUGGGCUCGCGCAGUCGGGGGAUGUGAGGGUGCCCAGGGUGGUGGUGGGGGGGCGGCUUCGCCCCCUGCUGCAGCGGGGCGACCUGGAGUCAGCCCUGCAGGCCAGCGGCGCUCGAGCGGCGCGCUUGUACGUCAGCCCGCGGGGCCCGAGGUUCUGCGAGCUGCCAGCCACCGCCGCGCCGCAGGGGGGUCGCCUGCUCGUGGCCGUUGGCCCCGACGGGGGCUGGAGGGACCCAGAGGAGACGGAGAUGCUGUCGGAGGCGGGCUUCUUGCCAGUCAGCACGGGCCCUCGCUGCUUCAACGUGGAGGUCGCGGCGUGCACUGCCCUGGCGCUGUCCUCUGGCGCGAUCCGCCGCUGGGACGACGCUCGCUGAAUGGCAGCUCCCGUUCGCGGGCUCGAGGCUGCGCUGGUCGCAGGACCCCUCUCCAGGCCUCCGACGUCAUCUUGUCCACGACUGGGGCCGCAGACCUCUCGAUUCCUGCCCUGGAGCCAGUUUCGUCGCGGGCCGUGUUUUCGAGGCGCCAGGGCCCCAGACCCGCCUCCAGAGGCCGAGAUCACGGAAGUGUUGCUCCCGACUUUCGAAGCCUAGGUCGCAGCGGCAGACGGAGGCGCUCCCCACCGAGGCUGAGCCUUUCUCCUCAGAAGGCCCCUUGUGCACAGUGCGGUGGUGGUGCACAGCCGCUUUCAGCGCACUUCUCCCGGAGAGCUGCGGGAGGGGAGCAAGCUGGGCCACACCGCCGCGGGCGCCAAUGUCCGCGCUUGCGGCCGCCGCGGGCGCGGAAAGCCCAGUGGUGACGCGGACGCGGCGGCCGAGGCCGCGGCAGAUCCAGCGGACGCGGACGCAGACAUUGCGCGGCC